GUUUCGAUGAAUAUAUACGAUUUUACUACCGCGAGGUUUAGAAAUAUGAACGGCUAUCUGCACGGUUUUUUCUUAUGCUUUAUUGACCACGGUUUUUGAUUAAAGACUAUAAUAGUGUUAUAACAUUCCUUUAGCCGUUCCGAACACCACGUUGGAAUUCUGGCACGGAUUAUUAUAUUAUAAUACUAUUGGACGAUAUCUAUCUCAAUACACCGUUGGUGCAAUUACUUGCAGAGGAACCUUCGUUAAUCAAGUGAACUUAUUUGUGGUUGUUGUUCUCACGAAGCAGCUCACAAGUAACAUUUAUUCUAUAGUAACUGUUAUUGUCUGUUUGUAUAAUAUACCAUUUGUAUCAUAACUAUAUUUUGUUACUCUUGGUUUUUACUCACAGACACACUUUGGUGUUUUUUACUAUUAAUUAUUUUUGGUAUAUUAUUAAUAAACUAGUGUAUUGACAUAACGUUUAUAAGCUCCUUUUGUUGGGAACCACCACAAGGUCCAGCGAAUUCCCGUCUAGUUGAUGUUAAAUUUAGUUCUCGUGAAAAUGUCAGUCAUAUUCCGACCAGUCCAAGAGCAGUGCAUGAGCAAACCUGGUCAUCCUUCUUAUCCCAUGAUGUUUGUACAGUGUCCACUUCUACUCUGGCCAUUUGCUUAAUGCAAACUUACGUUUUUCAUUCGUAUUCCACAAUGAGAUUAUGCUCACCGAAUCAGUCUUCAUGACUAUCGUAAACGGCUGACUGACUAACGAUUUCCGUCAUUUUACUCCUCACUUUCAUCAUCGUUCUCAUAAAUCCCAUUGGUUUCAAACAUACAUUCUUGAUUGAUUUACAGCCACGUGACUCGAUUGACUUUUUCUAUUCAAAUUUGAAUGGGAAUAGUCUAAACGUAUGUCAAGUCUAUAUAAUAUCAGUCUAGAGCGAUGACAAUCAGUUUGUAAAAACGCAUUUGCCGAGCGGUCUGAUCAUAUAACGCUCGCAAAUAAGUGAUUAUAUCUAUGGACAGUCAUAUGGAUUGUGGACAAAACUGUCUUAAUGAUUGGUAUUACCAUUAUUUCUACUGCAACUGCUACUACUAUUGCUAUCAAUACUACCAAUGUGAUUACUACCACUAUUACUACAAUUAUCAGUAUUGUUACUACAGUAAUAAUAAUAGUGGUAGUAAUCACAUUGAUAGUAUUGAUAGCAAUAGUAGUAGCAGUUGCAGUAGAAAUAAUGGUAAUAGCAAUCAUUAAGACAGUUUUGUCCACAAUCCAUAUGACUGUCCAUAGAUAUAAUCACUUAUUUGCGAGCGUUAUAUGAUCAGACCGCUCGGCAAAUGCGUUUUUACAAACUGAUUGUCAUCGCUCUAGACUGAUAUUAUAUAGACUUGACAUACGUUUAGACUAUUCCCAUUCAAAUUUGAAUAGAAAAAGUCAAUCGAGUCACGUGGCUGUAAAUCAAUCAAGAAUGUAUGUUUGAAACCAAUGGGAUUUAUGAGAACGAUGAUGAAAGUGAGGAGUAAAAUGACGGAAAUCGUUAGUCAGUCAGCCGUUUACGAUAGUCAUGAAGACUGAUUCGGUGAGCAUAAUCUCAUUGUGGAAUACGAAUGAAAAACGUAAGUUUGCAUUAAGCAAAUGGCCAGAGUAGAAGUGGACACUGUACAAACAUCAUGGGAUAAGAAGGAUGACCAGGUUUGCUCAUGCACUGCUCUUGGACUGGUCGGCAUAUGACUGACAUUUUCACGAGAACUAAAUUUAACAUCAACUAGACGGAAUUCGCUGACCUUGUGGUGGUUCCCAACAAAAGGAGCUUAUAAACGUUAUGUCAAUACACUAGUUUAUUAAUAAUAUACCAAAAAUAAUUAAUAGUAAAAAACACCAAAGUGUGUCUGUGAGUAAAAACCAAGAGUAACAAAAUAUAGUUAUGAUACAAAUGGUAUAUUAUACAAACGGACAAUAAGAGUUACUAUAGAAUAAAUGUUACUUGUGAGCUGCUUCGUGAGAACAACAACCACAAAUAAGUUCACUUGAUUAACGAAGGUUCCUCUGCAAGUAAUUGCACCAACGGUGUAUUGAGAUAGAUAUCGUCAAUAGUAUUAUAAUAUAAUAAUCCGUGCCAGAAUUCCAACGUGGUGUUCGGAACGGCUAAAGGAAUGUUAUAACACUAUUAUAGUCUUUAAUCAAAAACCGUGGUCAAUAAGGCAGAAGAACAAACGGUGCAGAUAGGCAACGCUCCUAGGGUAUCGUCCACUGAUAGGGGUUCCAAGCACUUGAAGGUCAAACUGUCGCAAAAUGAUUGGUGCUUCACAUCGACAAUUCGUGAAAAUUUUCAGAAGCGGUCAAAUCAAGACAUUUUUAGAUUUGAAUUGAGUUCAGCCACACCAUGUCUGGUAACGUUCAUUCUUCAAGACGAAUCUCCAACGAUAUUAUGUUAUCUCGAAGAUUUACAAGUUGGGACAAUUUUGAGACCUGUUUGAAAGAAGUACAUAAGCAUACGCAUACUGAGUACGUUAUGUCAGUAUGCAAAAAGAACAGUGAUGAUCCAACUCUAAAGUACUUUUUCGUGAGAUAUGUCUGUACAUAUGGACGUAAACGCAGUUCGUCAGAGUCAUAUGCUUGCGUUCAGGAUGUAGAUGAUGAUAGUAAUAAUCAUUCUUCUGAAGAGCAUACAACUUCUAACUCGCCAACACAACCUAGGCAAAGGAGACGACGUCGGUCAUCUACGUAUGCCUUACUUCAAAUGAAUUUAUCCUUCAGGUCGAAAUAUUGCGUUUCAAUGACUACAUGCUGCCCUGUAGUCAUAUUUUAUAUGCACAUUCUAAAGAUCUGAUUCGUGGAGACUUAUUUCGACAUAGCAACAAGUGGACAAGAAAAUGCAUAACGGACCUGGUUCUUCGUGCGCUGGACAACAUCUCAAUCUCUACAGGGAGUGAUGAUCUGCUAGAGAAGUUCACUACCAACUACCACUCAAUCCAUGCUCUUAGUGAACCUUUGGCAAGUAAACUCAUCCGUUCAUGCCUCGAAGCAUCGGAAGACAUGCGCACAAGUGAUGAGUUCAAUUGGUGCUAAUGACGAGCUACAACGUCAGAAUCCAUUGUUAAUACAGACCAUAGCUAUGCUUCUUGAUAACAAGUUCUAAUAUUGUAAUCUUUUUAGUUUUACAUAAAUUCAUUUAUAUGGC